UAGCAGCAUCUAUAGAUAUUUAUCAACUCGCUGACAGCACGACAGAAAACAUACAUAGCCAGGUCUGGAGUUUAAUGUAGGGAUUCGAUAUAACGCGUACAGGUGACAAUUUUAAUGAUAAGAAAGCGAUAAGAGAAUAUCUACUUUAUCAUUAUAAACGUACAGUGUAGAUGUACAUCGAUUGUGAAAGUUUAUAACAAGCUCGGGUACCUAUCUCAUAACCAACGAAUCUGAUUGGUCGACCUCGCUCUGAACUGUAGACUUAAUAUCCAAUACCCCCUUAGUGUAUUUAAUACCUCUCAUCGUGUAUAUCCAGUGUUGGUCAUUCCAUUAUAACCCAGUCGUCUGUACGUACGUACUCACUUCACUUUGUACACCAACUUUCGGGACGCUUGAAAGCGUUUACUUCCUUAAACAUCUUUUGGAUUGUCGUGAAGAAGAACAAACGAAACAAUGGCCAAACCUGACCUACCAAGGGGCUACCUCGGAGCCCAACCCAAAUUUGGAGAAUUCGGAUUAAGCACUCACAGUCAUAAGGACCCUGAUGUUACCCUGACCGGAAACGAGGUGGAGAUCCAGUUUAAGAUGGACCGUCCGGUGAAGGUGACCGGGAACCUCAUCCAGGUGUCCACUCUCAAGGAACACACAGAUAACAUCUUCACGCAGACGCAGGGAGACGUAGUUAGCUUCCUCGUCCAAAUACCGGAACCAGGUUUCUACAAGCUCCAAAUAUACGCACUUCCGGUCUCUGACGAAAGCAAGACUCUUCCCGGAGUUUUUAACUAUAUUUUGAACUGUCCGCGUAUUUCGAAACCUGUCCAUCCCUUUCCGAAACAAUACGCCCAAUGGAAGGAAGGCUGCUAUAUAUACGAACCCCUUGUGGUCUCUAAGGACGGUUUGAACCGCGGAGCCUCGUUCCGAGUGGUUGUUCCGAAUGCCAAAGCCGUGGCAGCUGUCGUCAACGAGGAGUGGACGCAGCUUGACAACAAGGGAAACAAUCUAUGGGAAGGAAAGGUCAAAGGUAGCGCAGACAAGAUGACCUUGAACGCAAACUUUGGAGGAGAAGAGUCGAAGUAUUCCACAUUAUUGGAAUAUAACAUGUAGAUUUAAAGACAUUCGAUAGACAAUCAGUAAUCAAUUUAGAGCCGGUAUAUCGUACUGUAGAUUAUUUCUCGAAGUGCACGCAUCUUUGUGAUUUGAAUCGACUGUGGCGAAUUUGCACUAGUGUGAUUUAAAUAACGUUAACUAUACUUUCGUCAAUAAACAUUAACCGCAAUAUCUCCAUGUCAAGAGAAAUGUAUUUGGUUACAGAAUAAUUGAUCCGCGCAUGUGCAAUCAACAAUCGAUGUAGCGUAAUCUCUUGUUCCGUGUGACGUCACUUCCAUGUCAUGUCUUCAAAGAGGUUCUGUCAAACACAACAUGUGACACUGCGAUGUUAUUUCUAAUUUUCUAUUAAAAUAUUUAUCCAAUUGAA